UUUGGUUUCUGAUGUUUUGGGAUGCUGUGGUGUUUUGUUGCAAGUGCAGUCAAUAUUCGUAUUUCAUGGCAGGUUGAAAUAGAUUGAAACAUCAUGGCUUCCAUUCGCCCAACAGCACCUGUAGCUCGCCCAUCCAAACCUGACAAUGAGCGCGCCAAGCAGGAAGAGCGCAACGACUUUAUCGACGACACUGUCCUCCGGCGCAUGCAGGCUGAUCUGGAGCAGGUCUCGCUGAGCUUCCAACGCGGCGAAAUGCAGGCGUUCGGGAAACAAUCCAAGGACAUUUUCAAGUCGCUCGACGUGAUUCGAGACAUGCAAGAACGGCUCGUUGCGCAGCACAUCUCGGUCGAGCUGCAGCCGUCCAGCGAAGCGCGACCAACCCCAGAGAACAUGGGCGAAUUUCUAACCAUGCAGACAGAGCAAGAGCGCAAGCUGGGCGUCGUUUUGGACAAUCUCGGCCUUUUGAAAAGCGAAAUGGAGAAGCUACAAGCCAACUUUGUCAAUCUCGAGUGAAAGGCGAUGGGAUGACUUUAUUAUUUAUUGAGCGUGCCUCUUCGGUCGGCAGCCCCUCCUCGUGAGGUGCGCAAUUUGAGAUCUAGGUCCAUGCAACGUGCCGAGCAUCGUGCUUGGAACGGCUGGCACGACAAUCAUGCGAAACAGGCAAAAACAAACAAAAAACACGAAAAUAAAGCCUUGAACAACA